AUGGAUCUCCCUCCUCCGUCUCAGUCUCGCCGUCCGUCCAACUCGCCGUCGUCACCACCAAUCCUCCCCGACGAACUCAUGGCGGAAGUUCUCUCCUUCCUUUCCGUGAAAUCUCUUAUACAAAUGAAAUGCGUGAGUAAGUUCUUCAACUCCCUCAUUUCCGAUCCCGUCUUUAUCAAAAUGCAUCUUCGUCGAUCUGCACGAAACCCUCACCUCACGCUUGUCUCAGGAAAGUGCGUAGCAGAUUUCCGUUUCGUAAUCCUCCCUAUAGACAAGUUUCUCGAGAAUCCUCUGAUUACCUUUCCGGACAAACCUUUCUAUCCAUUGUUGGACACUCACCAUUAUUGGUUGGUUGGUUCUUGUAAUGGAUUGCUUUGUUUUUCUCAUUAUUCCGCUUUCACUGGUAGUUAUAGAGAUUGCUGGCUCAAUUUCUAUAAUCCAGCUACAAAUACAAUAUCUAAGAAACUAGGGUAUUUUAAGGAUUAUUGCAAGCAUCGUUAUUUCUUCUCUAGAUAUGCAUUUGGUUAUGAUAGUUUAACCGAUAAUUAUAAAGUAGCGGCGUUAAGAUUGAUUGGUGAUGGUGAAAUUGGUGACGGUGGUGUAAGUGAAACUCGAUUGAGAACAGAGGUGAGGGUUUAUAGUUUGGGUGAUAAUGUUUGGAGAGAUAUUCAAGGUUUUCCGGUUGGUCCUCUCCGGUUAACUCUUCCAAGUGAGAAUCAUGGUAUUUAUUUGAAUGGUAGUCUUAAUUGGCUGGCUCUUCGGAAUUGCUACAGUGCGGAUAGAUUUUAUCAUAGCAACGAUAUUACUCUUGAUCAAUUUGUGAUCAUUUCACUUGAUCUGGGUGCUGAGACACAUGUGCAGUUAAUGCCUCCGCGGGGUUUGGAUGAAGUGCCAUUUAUCGAGCCGACUAUUUCUGUGUUGAUGGACUCUCUUUGUUUUUGUCAUGAUUUCAAACAUACUUGUUUGGUUAUAUGGCAGAUGAGGGAGUUUGGUGUUGGAGAGUCAUGGACUCAACUCUAUAGAAUUAAUUAUCAAAAUCUUCAACACAUUGGAUGCUGGUUGCCGUUGCACAUUUCUCAUAAUAAGAAUACUCUGGUAUUGGCGAACAAGCGAGAGUUGCUGGCUAUUAUCUAUGAUUGGACUAAUAAUAGAGUAGAGAUUGUUUCCAAUAAACCGCGAUGGGCCUUUUGCAAGGAUUAUGUUGAAAGUUUGGUUCCAAUUCCUUGA